AUGGCAGCUGGAAACUCGACGCUGGCCAGAGCAGAUGCGCUCCUGGAAGCGCUCUUCUCGGAUUGGAAUAUCUACUCGACCCUGCUUGCAACACUCCUCGUCUCAUACGUCGGAUACACACUCUUAUUCACCAAAGAUCCAGAUGCCCAUCCUUUUAUCCUCGCUCGCCAGGGAGUGGUAGCCCCCGUCAGACAGCGCGGGGAGUCUGCUACCGUACGGGCUAUGGAUGUUCCCCAUGGCUACCCCCUCAAAGCUGGACUUGGUGUUCGGGAUCCAGACACUCCUAGAUGGACUGCCGGUAGACGGGGAGACCUUCGAGAUAUAUGGAAAGCUGUAGUCCGUGGAGAGCUAAAUGGUGAUGGCACACCAUCGGGCAAAAAAGGGUCUAUCUUCACUGUUUUUGGGAACACAGCCCAGGAACGGAGUGUUGACGAUAUUACUCGGGAAAUCAAGAUUAUCGGACAGUAUAUCCGUGAUACCAAGGCACAAAAGGUGGCUAUCUGCCUCACUGAUUCGGUAGAGAUGCUUGCAACUAUCUUUGCAAGCGCUUUCUAUGGCUUUCCGACUGUUAUCAUUCCUCACAACCUUCCACCUCAGACACUUGCCGGUUAUCUCCGAGAGGUGAAGGCAGACCUUCUCAUUGCCGAAGCCGGUGCUGUGGAUGUAACUGCUUUGCUGAAAACGUGUCCUUCACUGAGACAUGGUAUCUGGGUUGCCCAAGAGGGCAGUCGACACAUGGACUGGAAUGAAGUCCCCGAAGGGGCCAGUAGCAAGAUUGAAGUGUCGACAUGGCACGAAUUGGUUAAUGAGAAAGAAGGUUCAAUUGGUCCCGAGGUUCCCGAAUGGGACACUAAAUCCCAAACCCCUUCUUUGGCCACUCUAUGUUCAUCUAAGGCAGGUUUGGGGUCAUUCGUUGAGUAUACUUCGGAGAACAUUAUCUCUGGUGUUGCUGCGUUGGGCUCUUCUUUACCUCGCAACGAACAGCUCAAAUCAUCAGACUUGGUUCUAUCGAUUGAUUCACUGGCUCAUUCUUAUACCCUCUGUUUUGUUUUAGCCGCCUUGUACUCGAAUGCAUCGAUUGCAUUGAACUCUGUUGCUGGAGAAAUUGUUGAUUUUGAACUGGCAACUACGGGCGUUUCACCAACGAUUAUCAUUUCCUCGUCACACACUAUUUCCGACUACCAUGCUCAAUACAUGGGCCCACAGCUGAACCCCCUGGUGAAAGUCGGCAGGUUCUUCCAAUCUCGCGACUUGGACGCGGGAAGGAUGCCAUCCGGCAACAUUUUCUCUGCCCUUGGUGGAAGUGGCCCUGUCUCUGAGCAGACUCUAAAGAGGCUAAGAUUGAUUCUCGUCUCUCAUCGAGUUGAAGGCGAUAGGAACAAUCAGCUCACUAGUGACCAGCUUACAGAUUUCAGGAUUAUGACUGGUGUCCGUAUUGCAUACGCGCUCACUACAGGGAAAGUAGCCGGAGCUGUUUGUCAAACAAACCCAUAUGAUUACAGAAGGCACCGUGGAUUCAGCCACUUUGGCCCUCCUUUGAAUAGUGUAGAGAUCAAGUUGGUUGAUUGCGAUGAAAAAUCAGGUAAUGAAAAGGCUUUAGAGGGAAAGAUCCACAUAUCCGGACCCUCUGUAAUAUCGGAGGAAUGCAAGCUUGACGUGGAUGGCUUAUUCCAGGAGGAUAACACUCUUGUUCUCCUAGCUUGA